AUGAUGACUUCGACUGCCGCACUUUCUGCAAAUGUACUUUACCAUCUCUCUCCUCAAAAGAGUUCUCUUAGCCGGUCAGAUAACGUCUCUCAUUUGGCUAAUAAUCAAAAGCCUUUAUCACCUGUGUCUUCAGUAUAUCCUAAUGCCGUACCUGCAUCAAAAAAGACAGUAAUGACGUCCGUUACGCUCAACGGCAAAUUUUCUACCCUGUCGAAUCCCAAGUCCGUCUGUGACCCUUCUAGCCAAAUUAAUUCAGUAAACUUAAAUGAUGCUAUCCUUCACUCACUGAAGUCGUCAGAUGGUGAAUCCAAAGCCGAUGAAUCCAAAUUACUUGCACCAUCCUCCUCGGCCCAUGAGCGUCUACUUUGUACUGAGGCUGAGUUAGCAUCAUGGUGUCAAAUGGGAAUACAAUGUAUUCCUACAAGGGCACUUGGCUUUAGUAACUCUGGAAAUACAUGCUAUAUAAACUCUGUUUUACAAUGCUUAAUGGCCACUGGUCCACUUUUGGCAUAUCUAAGUGAUCGUCACUCAAAUUCCUCUAACUGCAAUAUAUUUACCGGUCGAACGACCAUACCGGGAAUGCAUUUAAGUACUGGCUCUGGCGUCAUUAAUAACUCAAAACCACGGUUCUGUGCACUUUGUGGAAUUUAUCGACUUUUACGUGAACACAAAAGCCUUAAUAAUGCUAGUAAUACCAACGCAUUCUAUGGAUCUGGUGUCGCUGCUGGUCAAACUGUGCCUUCAUACUUUGUUUCCAACGUUAGAGGUAAUUUUGCUUGUCUUUUUAUUAAUUGUAUAGUUCAGAUUUUGAAUUUGCGCGCAGCUAUCUUAUUUUAA